AUAAAUACAUGCAUACAUACGUGAACAGGAGCAGCACAAGGACACCAAAUCACAAGAGCAAACCCCUCAGAAUCAAUCAUGGAUCUGAGAUCAGCCUUCUGUUCUGCUCUGCUACUGUCACUCCUGCUUCUUCCCCUUUCUGCUAAUGCCUCGAGCAAAGUCUACAUUGUGUACAUGGGGCAGAAGCAACAUGAUGAUCCAUCUGAGGUCACCGUGUCGCACCAUGACGUACUGACCUCUGUUCUUGGGAGCAAGGAUGAAGCCUUGAAGUCGAUAGUUUACAGUUACAGGCACGGAUUUUCUGGAUUCGCUGCCAUGCUAACCGAAUCCCAAGCUGAGAUCCUCGCAAAAUUGCCUGAAGUUAUCAGCGUGAGGCCAAACACCUAUCACAAAGCCCACACAACUCGAAGCUGGGACUUCCUUGGCAUGGACUACUACAAACCACCACAAGAAUCAGGCCUCCUCCAGAAAGCAAAGUAUGGCGAAGAUGUCAUCAUCGGUGUCGUCGACUCAGGCAUAUGGCCUGAAUCGCGCAGCUUUGACGACACCGGGUACGGCCCUGUCCCGGCACGGUGGAAGGGCACCUGUCAGGUGGGUGAAGCGUUCAACGUCACGAGCUGCAACAGAAAAAUCAUUGGCGCACGGUGGUACUCCAAAGAUGUUGACGCCGACAGCCUCAAGGGCGAGUACAUGUCGCCGAGGGACCUCAAAGGCCACGGCACGCAUGUAGCCUCGACCAUCGCCGGCGGCCAGGUGUGGAACGAGAGCUACAACGGUCUGGCCGCUGGCGUGGCGCGCGGCGGGGCGCCACGCGCUAGGCUGGCUAUCUACAAGGUGUUGUGGGGCCAAAGCGGCACGACAGGCGGUGGAACUAGCGCAGGGAUCCUUAAGGCCAUUGAUGACGCCAUAAACGACGGCGUGGACGUCUUGUCACUCUCGCUGGGAGGCUCCUCGGAAUUCAUGGAAACUCUGCAUGCUGUGGAGCGAGGUAUCUCCGUGGUGUUCGCUGCAGGGAACUAUGGCCCCAUGCCGCAGACGGUGCAGAAUGCCGUGCCAUGGGUCACGACGGUGGCCGCGAGCACGAUUGAUCGGUCUUUCCCGACCUUGAUGACAUUCGGGAACAAUGAAAAGCUGGUGGGGCAAUCCUUUUACUCUGGAAACAGUAGCGACUUCCAGGAACUUGUUUGGAUAGGUAGUACUUUGGAUGGCGGUACGAGCAACGUCACUGGUAAAAUCAUCCUCUUCUAUGCGCCGACGGUCAUGCUGAGCACGCCGCCUCGAGAUGCACUUGGCGCUAUUAUCAACAUUACCGUGGAGGCCCGCGCAAAGGGCCUCAUAUUUGCGCAGUACACUGCCAAUAACCUCGACUCCGUGACCGCGUGCAAGGGAACUAUCCCCUGCGUAUUGGUGGACUUUGAAAUGGCACGCAGAAUAAUCUUCUACAUGCAGACCAGCACAAGGACACCGGUGGUGAAAGUGUCGCCCACCAUGACCGUUACUGGAAACGGGGUGCUGUCACCGAGGGUUGCUGCGUUCUCGUCCAGAGGCCCGAGCGAGACUUUUCCUGCGAUAUUGAAGCCUGAUGUAGCUGCACCUGGAGUCAGCAUCUUGGCAGCCAAUGGCGACUCCUACGCGUUCAACUCCGGUACAUCCAUGGCAUGCCCUCAUGUCUCGGCAGUCACGGCGCUGCUCAAGUCAGUUUACCCCCACUGGUCACCUGCCAUGAUCAAGUCUGCAAUCGUCACCACAGCGUCCGUGGUUGAUCGUUUCGGCAUGCCAAUCCAAGCUGAGGGAGUUCCAAGGAAAGUGGCUGACCCCUUUGACUUCGGCGGUGGCCACAUGAACCCGGACAGGGCCGCGGAUCCUGGGCUGGUCUAUGACAUGGAUGCAAGAGAGUAUUCCAAGAAUUGCACAUCUGGCUCAAAGGUUAAAUGUCAGUACCAGUUGAACCUCCCGUCCAUUGCCGUGCCGGACCUCAAGGACUUCAUCACGGUCCAGCGCACUGUCACGAAUGUCGGGCAAGCCGAAGCAACUUACUGGGCAGCAAUCGAAUCUCCAGCAGGGGUUGACAUGUCCGUGGAGCCAUCGGUGAUCAAAUUCACCAAAGAUGGCAGCAGAAACGCGACAUUCCGUGUGGCGUUCAAGGCGAGGCAGAGAGUGCAAGGUGGGUACACUUUUGGGAGCCUCACAUGGUUAGAUGACAGUACUCACUCGGUUCGAAUCCCUAUUGCAGUUCGAACUGUGAUCCAGGACCUUGUCGCAGAUGUAGCUUAAUAUUUGUCAGCAUAAUCUGAUGCAUAUAUGUUCUUGUAUUCACGAGUGUACUUUAAAUAAAGUGAUGUUGGGGUAAACAUCGGGUGUCCUGUCUGUAGCAUUUUCGACGAAAUGCGUUGCAGAUAUAUGUAUUCCAAUUUUAUAAAUAAAUCAGACCUUUGCUUCUGUC